GUGCCAGAAUCAGAUUGUGAGGCUUUGCGGGGUUGGAAUGGAAUAGAAUUCUCCUCACUUAGACGAACGGGACCCAUUUGUGGCGACUCGUCCGGCCGAGACCUGAUAGGCUUUGGUGGUGUGGUAGACGAAGCCAAACCGAAGCCUCUCAUGUGCUUGACCGCGGUUCCCGUCGCACCUAACCCAAUCCUAUGAACCCCUAACUCGGACAGACUCGACUCAGAUCGACCACCACUACUCGCUCGCUUCCCGUUUGGCCAUGCCACUCUGGUUCACUGCGUUCAUCUCCCUCUCCAGAGAGGACUCACUCGCAUUAUCACCCCUAAAAUUGGCGUGUUUUCCAGGUUAUUGUACGGAAUUCAGCCAUGGCUGCAGCUGAAACUCACGCCCCUAAUCCUAAAUGUCAUCUUUGCAACGCGGGAGCUGGUGCCGCCGCCGGGGUUAUUGCUGCAACAUUUGUGUGUCCUUUAGAUGUUAUCAAGACUAGGCUUCAAGUUCACGGGCUGCCAAGGCUCGGUAAUGGGAAUGUCAAAGGUAGUCUCAUAGUUGGUUAUUUGGAACAAAUAUUUCACAAGGAGGGGUUACGUGGCAUGUAUCGUGGGCUCUCUCCAACUGUCCUGGCAUUACUUCCUAACUGGGCAGUUUAUUUCACAAUUUAUGACCAGCUCAAAAACUUCCUUUGCUCUGAUGACGAGAGUCAUCAUCUUCCCAUCGGGGCCAAUAUGCUAGCUGCUUCGGGUGCUGGAGCUGCGACAACUAUUGCUACAAAUCCGCUUUGGGUUGUCAAGACUAGACUUCAGACUCAGGGAAUGAGACCAGGUGUGGUGCCAUAUAGGAGUACACUUUCUGCUUUGAGGAGAAUAGCUCAUGAAGAAGGCAUCCGUGGUUUGUACAGUGGUCUUGUACCUGCUUUGGCUGGUAUCAGUCAUGUUGCCAUCCAAUUUCCAACCUAUGAGAAAAUAAAAUUUUAUUUAGCUAAUCAAGAUAACACUACGGUAGAUAAACUCGGUGCACGUGAUGUUGCCAUUGCCUCAUCUGUAUCCAAGAUAUUUGCAUCAACAUUGACGUACCCACAUGAGGUGGUACGCUCAAGGCUUCAAGAACAAGGCCACCACUCUGAGAAGCGUUAUUCUGGUGUUGUUGAUUGCAUUAGAAAAGUAUUUCAGCAAGAGGGCCUCCCUGGUUUCUACCGUGGAUGUGCCACCAAUCUUUUGAGGACAACACCAGCUGCUGUAAUUACAUUCACAAGCUUCGAGAUGAUUCAUCGGUUUCUUGUUACUUUAUUCCCCCCCGGUCAAACACUAUGAGAUGGAUCGUUCUCCACUGAGGAUGGCGGAAGAAAGAACGAGUCGUGUUACUUGAAAUUAAUUUCCAAAUAGUCAACUUAAUUAGGUUAGCCAUUACUUGUCUGGUGAUGAUAGGCUAAGGCUUCCCUCAUCGGAUCUGUAUGUCGAUUGUUUUGGUGGCUUUUAUAUGUAUAAAAGAAAAGUAAAGAUAUUGCAGGCUCAUGCCCCCAUGAAGUUGUUUUUGGGGGGAAAGUGAGGAGUAUGCCAUUUAAACACUGAUGAUGAUGAGAAAGUAGCGUAGUUUACAAUUAAAGGGUUGUGAAUUUGAUUUAUGGGACUGAGUACUCAUGACAUUAAAGUUCCAUUAUUUGUCA